GAAAUGCAGUUGUUACUAACUAGCCAUCUGGUGCUAGCUGCCAUCAGUCAGAUUGGUACCACCAAAUUUGACACCAAUUGCACUUCCGUGGAUAAAUAUUUUAGUAUAAGACCUCUGCACUCCUCUCUUGUUUUAGACGCUACAGACGACCUUAACAUCACGCUCCAGCCUUUCGUAAAUUCAGAUCCACAACUCUGGAGAUUGCUACCUUCUGAAAAACUUGGAACGUUUUAUAUUAACAGCAAAGUUCAUCCACGCGCUUUUCUUGCUUCUGUAGCUGUAAUGGUCGGAAAUUAUCCAGUGGACGUAAGAGCGGCUAUUUUCAGUACCGAUCAUCCUGUGAGCUGGUUUAUUAAUUCAGAUGGUACCAUUGUAAUGUUGACAACAUUUGACGAAAAUGCUUUGGAUGUGCCUAAUUCCGACUAUUCAGUUAACAAUCAGGUGCAAUUGCGGAAUCGGGACGAGAAGGAGUACUUUGAAAACAAAAAAUUUGUUUUGGAUCCUCGCUAAAUGAAAUUGAUUAUAAUUUUAACACAGCUUUGUUUAUUCAUUCACUCCACAAUGUUGACGAUUUUAGAACAAGAUUAGAGAUUACAUGAUUUGAAAUAAUAAAA